CACGAUGGAGACAGAAGCAGCUUUGUGUUGCGACUUUACAGACGAUGAACGUGCUCUGGCAGACCGAGCCUUGUCUCAAUUUGAGUCUGGUCAGUACGACGCUGCAGUGUCUGUCUUGAGCAAGCUAAGCAUGUCGAGAACUCAUGACCCGCGCUUGAUGCAUAACAAAGCCGUUGCUGCAUACCACGCCUCGGGAUUAACACAAACUGAUCGCUUUCGAAUGGAUUUGAAUGAAGCUAGCUUUCAGCUAGAAAAGGAUGCGACAGAGCUGGAUGACGAGGUGGACGAAGUGGAGAAAGCUCUUGUGUCGUUCAAUCAGGCUCUUAUGCUGUUCUAUCUUCGUCGGUAUCAUCAAUCAUUGCAGAAGUUAGAGAAACUCUUUAGAGUAAUCGAGCCCCUAGAAGAGCAGGUUUCACUCAACAUCUGUUUUCUUCUUUUGGAAACGUACCUUGUGCUGAGUCAGGUUGACAAGGCAACUCAGGUUGUUGCUUACUUGGACAAGCUGCUGGUUGAGAGCAGAAUGAUGGAAAAGUUUGAGAGUAUGGAGAUGAGGGAGUCAUCGCCUGGGGCGUCCAGUCAUCGUAUUGAUCCUAAUUUAUUGCUUCUUCAUCACUAUAAAGCCAGAUUGUAUGUCAUUCAACGAAGCAUGAAGGCAUGCAAACGGGAAAUCAAGGUUCUAAUGGACAGUGGUGAUGCUCAAUCCCCGUCAAUACUUUAUCUAAAAGCUGAAUUGGAGUAUGUCCGCCAGAACUACCGCAAGAGCAUUCGUGUUCUCAACUCAUCUCCUCGUUUGCCAGUCGUUCUAGAAACUGGUGAAUGCCUUCCAUCUCUUUACUUCAAUAAUUUGGGCUGCAUUCAUGCUGGCAUGAAAAAGCACAAUCUUGCUGCAUACUACUUUAAACAAGCUCUUGAAGAGAACAGUCGUGCAGUGGCAAUGAUGGGAACUGUUGAUAAAGCAGCUCCACUGACAGGAAGACCGUUGCGGUGUCUCUCAUUGAACAAACGUUAUGAGCUGCUUCAUAAUCUAGGGACUCAGUUGCUGUGUGCUGGGAUACCAUUAGAAGCUUUCGACUGCAUUUUGGAGGCUGUACAAGUUUUCCACACGAAUCCUAGACUGUGGCUCAAGUUGGCUGAGUGUUGUGUGAAGGCAAGGGAAAUGGAGGAGCACAUGUUGUUUAGCUCUCAGCAGUCUGGUCGUAAGAGUGUGGUAGUACAAGGAGUCGUUGGCACCGGUCCACAUCGCAAAAUCGUUGUAGCAUCACCGAGUCACACUGCAAGGCAAAGCACUCAUGGCCAGUCAGCAGCCAUGCCCACACCUUCUCUGGAAUUUGCUAACAUUUGUCUUCGAAAUGCUUGGCAACUGUUGCCUCAAUUGAACUCGGCAACAGAGAGUUCACCGCCUCCCAUCCAUGUUGAACAGUCUGGUGUAUCAGGUGAUCCUGGCGAACUGGUGACUGGAGAUGCUAGGCGAGGAAAAGACAGUGGACAACACACAGUUGUGUCAGCAACAUCAAUGCUGCCCAUGAGGGCUCAAGAAAUCAACGGUUUAAGGUCUGCCAUCUUGGCAUGCAGCAGUUACGUUGCAUUAGGCUUGGGUGACUACGUCAGCACUCUGGAGUAUGGCCAGCAGCUGUUUUCACAGCCUAAACUGCCAGGACUACUAAGGUACUUGGGCCAUAUAUAUGUUGCCGAGGCUCUUGUUAGUCAGGGCAGAAUCACUGAAGCCGUGCAGCAUCUCUCGCCCGAGACCAUUGUUGAUGUUGGUCUCACUACUUCUGCCAAUGAAGGAGAAAAGUCAAAUGCAGGGCAAAGUGAAGAGUCAAUCGACGGUCUUGUUCCCGGCUACUCAUUUAAUUGGACUGUGCCUUGUGCAAAAAUGAUGAUGUUUCUCAAUUUGGCAACAGCAUUUUGUCUACGUAAAGAGUUUGACAAAGCCAGAAGAUCUUUACAGCAGGCAACCUCGUUGGUGAAGAGUAGUGACACUCCUCCUCAGGCUGUUCUACUGGCUGUUUACAUUGAACUACAGACUGGUAAUGUGUCAUCUGCAGUGCAGCUGUUGAAGAAGAAUCAGACUGGAAUGAGUGGAAGGUCGAGCGAGAGGAGCAACAAACGACGAAAUUUGUUUCUCAGAAAAAAUGUAUGAAAGUACUGUACUACAGAAAUGUAUGAGUACUAUUGUGUAGCAAAACACACACACACACACACACACACACACACACACACACACACACACACACACACACA